AUGUCUGUGGUCUCGAAUGGUUUGAAGCACGUCAAUUCGAGAGCGGUCGCGGGUCAGAUGCCAUGCACUGAUCUCCUGCGACAACAAGUCACCGGCAAGGAGGAAAGUUUCGUGUUUUACGAUUCGGGAGAGGGUGAUCCCGACCGGAUCCGCGUCUUCGCAACCCCCGGCAAUUUGAACCUUCUUCGGAAAUAUGAUGAGUGGUUUGUAGACGGCACAUUCGAAGUCUGUCCUGAGAUAUUCCAUCAGCUGUACACUAUACACGUCAACCUGCCCGAUGGGAAGACAGUUCCGCUCCUCUUCUGUCUAUUACCUUCCAAAGCUUCAGAGACGUACCGUAGACUCCUAGAAAGCAUUGUCGGAGCAUUGAACGGUUCCUCCCCGCGACUGAUCCAUAUCGACUUCGAAGUGGCCAUGAUAAAAGAACGAUACGGAGAAGACCCGGACUUUGCUCUGCAAGUUCGCAUGUUCUCGGCGUUGUCUUUCGUCCCAACGAGGGACUUGCUGCCCGUGUACGAUUCACUCCUGCGAUCGGACUUCGUUAAAGACAACAACUACAUGUUGACUCCUUUCAUCAAUUAUUUCGAAAGCACAUGGGUUGGAAGGGAGCGCAGUAAACCUCGUAUGAAGCACGAGUGGUGGAACGUGCAUAGCUCAGUCCUGGAAGGUAUAGCGCGAACUAACAACGCAGUAGAAGCAUGGAACUCGGCGUUCUCUGAAAGAGUAGGAUCUUCGAAUCCGAACUUAUUCAGGUUCGUUGAAAUUUUGAUAACUGAACAAGCUAAAAUGGACUUCAUGGUUAACAAUUGCCUCGCUCAGGGAUCAAACACCGUGCCGAAAAAGCGAUAUCGAGACCGAAAGAAGAGGCUUGAAAAUCUGGUGUCAUCUUAUGAUCAACGGGGGACGCUAGAUUUACUCGAAGCGAUUGCGCAUAACAUUUCAUUUUGA